CUUAGUUAGUUUCCAAAACUAGUAUAACAAGCCAAGUAUAUUUCCCACGGACUCAUAAUGUACACACUUUUUGAAUAAAAUUUGGAAUGUCAUUCUUUAAGGUGGAAUGGAAGCAUAAAUUCUUGUUGUGGAAUAAAAUAUCACUUCUUAUAGCCAAAGGCAGAUAUAAGAAAAUGGCGACCAUCUUUUUAGCAUCCCAAUCAAAGCAUCAUUACAUACUCCGUACGUUAUCUGAAGCAAAGAAUAUCACCUUUAGUAGGUCUGAUACCUUCAUAAAUUGAACUUCAUACGAUCUUCUCCUUUAUAAUCCUAAAGCAUAUGCACAUUCAAGCAACAGAAAACGAAAAAAAUGGAUCUUGAAUUCGGGUUCAAGGUCACAAGAAAAAAUGCAGAUGAAUCCAGCUCUUUGAAUUAUCAGUUUUCAAAAGAUGGAAGCAGCCUUCUUUUCCAGUCUAGUGAAACCAACACCAUGUUCAUCUUAACAGCCCAUCUUAGAGGUUAUGAGGAAGAUGAUAUAAAUAUCGAAAUAAGCCAGGAUGGGACUAUACUGGUGAUAAGUGGUGAGAAAACGGUUAAUGUGGCGGUUCUGGUGGGAUGGUGGAGGUACAAGAAUGGAAUAGAAACCAUGAAGUUCAGGAAAAGGUUUAGAAUUCCUGAGGGAGUGGAUUUGGAUGAAAUAAAAGCCAAUUUUACAGAAGGUGAUGAAUCAAUGUUAACUGUCUCAAUGCCAAAGACAGUGAAAGGAAUGUCCGGGACAGUGAUUGAGGAAAUGGAAGAGCCAGAUGUUAUGAGACAAGGCUCUGAAGCUCUGCAAAGGACCUCCAAGGAGUCUGAUAUCAUCAAGUCGGGUGAAGAAACAAUUGAAGGUCAUCAAGAUAAUUCGAAGGCGCCAUCUAAUCAUCCGUACGGUGAUCAAAAAGAGGAUCAAGAAGCUCUCCCAGAAGAGGAAAUGACCAAAGAUCAUCAUCAAGAAAUUGCAAAAAAGCCCCAUGAUCAAGAAACCAAACAAAGUGCUAUCGUCCAUGAGUCCUCCCCUCAGGGAAAAAGCGAAUCAAGUCCAAAAGAAAUGGAACCUAACCAUGACCAAACAGGCGAUCAAAAACCCGAGUCUUCGUCAGGAGCUAAAGCACAAGAGGAAGAACAUGAAAAAGAAGACGUGCUAUCUAAAAGAGCUGAAGCACAUGAAGAAGAAGAAUUUAUAUUACCAUCACGUGAAGCCGAGGUUGAAGAAGGGCAUGAUCAUCAUCACACAAGGGGAGAAGAGGGCGAAAAGAAAGAAGAUGAAAGUCGUGAGAAAAGCAGCAUGCUAUGUACUCCUAUUAUUUAUGUGGGCUCGGCAUUGUUCCUUUCUCUUGUAACCAUUUUGGUUCGAUUCUUUAGAUCUACAAAACAACCCCCGAGAACGAAGAACUAAUACAUAGACGCUUUUAAAAACAUGAUAAAUGUUUGUCUAAUUUGUUUGAUAAGUAUUCCAUGUAUAUACUUCUGAGAUGAGACAUAUUAAUUUUUACUGCAAGAAUGUUUUCAUUUGGAUGUUGUUGUAAUGUUUUCAUUUGGACCAAGAAACUGAAAUUAAGAAGUGAAGGAUGUACAUAGUA